AUGCCAAAUGUUUACGUAUCCGAGGCGAACGGGACCGUCGGCCGCGGACACGUUGACGCACCUGAUUUCGUGCGCACGGCGAUGCUCCACGUACGCUGUCCGGGAUUCCCAGAGACUAGAGUCGCGUUCGACGAAGUGCGCAAGAAGUGUGCAUGA